AUGACGCGUAAGUGGUUAUUUAUCAUUACCUGCUUAUUAAGUCAAGGCGUAAGCAAAGCCGGCCAAUGCACUUCACAAGGAAGAUUCCCUAAUCAAUACGACGAGUGUCGCGGUUUUACUAUGUGUAUAAGUGGGGCCGCUGGAUACAUGGAAUACAAUCUCACCUGUCCUGAAACAUUUAUAUUCAGCCAUAUAGAAAACCUCUGUACUAAUGUUACCAGUUACAAGUGCUUUCCGGAUUACAAUUGUACCGCAGUAGGAAAUUUUGAGGCUGAUUCAACGGAAAAUUGCAGAGCAUUUAUAUCUUGUGUGGAAGGUAUAAGUGGUUUGGUUGCACCAAGAUUGAUCGAAUGCCCGCAAGGAACAGUGUUCAACCUAACUGAAAAUUCAUGUGUCAAUGAAACUUUGCAUAAAUGCAAUAAAUCACCGAAAGUGCUCACGGUGUUAAUAAACCAUGUACCGAAGUUUUCAGAAAUCAAGUGGAUACUGGCAGACCACGACGUUUUACGGCUGACGAUGUAG